UCUUGUCUGCGCGGAGUCUACUUGUAGUCUCUGGUCAAGUUGGGUUGUCUACCUUUUUCUAACAUUUCUCCGUUCAGGAAUACGAAAGUGAUGUUUCAGAGUGACUCGCCGCCUACAGUGGCAGAGGAGGACUAACAGUGACAACUUUCUAUCCCAUUAUACUUUCUUCCAAGGAAUAUAUUUGUCUUUUUUCCCCUUUCGGUUGGAAGAAGAAGACGCUGUGUUUUGCGUCCUCCAGUAAUGUCGGACCGCUUUUAAUAACAAAUUCGCUAACUUUUCUGUCUCCAUGCGGGAGAGGAAACAUUUCGGAGGUUUUUUCUGCUUUUGUUCAAGUAAGGAUUGUGAGCUUUAGUGUUUCAGCGCAGGAAUGCCCCGUUUUUCGCCGUAGUUCCAUGUAAAUCUUUUUGUCGUCCAGCUCUUUGCCCAGCGGAUUCUGCUGCUACUGGAUAUACGAGGACUAUUUGCGCAGUAAUUUGGUGUAAAUGGAUCGCCAGUCCAGUUUCAUUUCCAUUUGGCUUCAACUGGAACUCUGUGCCAUGGCUGUUCUUCUUACUAAAGGAGAAAUAAGGUGUUAUUGUGACGCACCGCACUGUGUGGCCACCGGAUACAUGUGCAAAUCAGAACUGAACGCCUGCUUCACCAAGGUCCUUGACCCGCUGAAUGCAAACUCUCCCCUCACCCAUGGGUGUUUAAACCCCAUCACCAACGCGGCUGACGUCUGCAGCAGCAGUUUGAGGGGCGCGGACGCCCUCAGCGGGACCUCGGCCACGAUGCUGGAAUGCUGCCACGAAGACAUGUGCAACUACAGAGGCCUGCACGACCUGGCGCACACCAGGGACUCAACAGAUCAUAGCCGGUACCAGCCGGACAGCAACAACAAAAACCUGUCAACCCGGGUUCAGGAGUUGGCAUCGGCCAAGGAAGUGUGGUUCCGGGCAGCGGUGAUCGCCGUCCCCAUUGCUGGCGGGCUCAUCCUGGUGCUGCUCAUCAUGUUGGCGUUGCGAAUGUUGCGCAGCGAGAACAAGCGGCUGCAGGACCAGCGGCAACAGAUGCUGUCGCGGCUCCACUACAGCUUCCAUGGCCACCACACCAAGAAGGGCCAUGUGGCCAAGCUGGACCUGGAGUGCAUGGUGCCCGUAACAGGCCACGAGAACUGCUGUCUGACCUGCGACAAGAUGAGGCAGGCCGACCUGGGCAAUGACAAGAUCCUGUCUCUGGUGCACUGGGGGAUGUACAGCGGCCAUGGAAAGUUGGAGUUUGUAUGAUUCCUGUUGGGAAGUAUGUGACUGUCACCUCCCCACAAACAGCCAGGACUGCCUCUAAAUUGUUGGCCUUUGCUUAUUUACUUUAAAAGACAUUCCCAUGUUUUUUGUCCAUUGGACUGUUGGGUUUGUAUUCAUGUUUUUAUAAACCAGGGGUGAAAAGAUACAAGACUGAUCUCAUGCCAUGUGGUUUUUGCUAGAGGAGCACUUUACUUGAAAAUGAAAGGCAAAGCAACAAGGAGCUGUAUUUAAACUUGAGAGGGCAGGACUGAGGUGGAGUGAGAGCUCUGUCACUGCUCCCGAGGGUCCUGGACUUUUACACUGAGCGCUGAAGGAUUCCAAAUCUGUCUUAUUUGCACAUUUGUAAAAAAACAAAAGUUGUCGUUGCUUAAAACAACAAUUUUACACUGACACCAGGGUACAACAAAAGGACUUGUUUGAGGAGUAAAAAUUCAGUGUUUGACUUUAGGUAUGCACACUCCUCUGUGUAUGUUUCAAGAUUCAAGCUUAUUGUAAAGAGUGUGUGUGUGUGUGUGUGUGUGUGUGUGUGUGUGUGUGUAUAUAUAUACACACACAUACUCUGAUAAAACUGACCUGUAUGUGUCUUGUUCUGGGUGAAUGUCCAACAUCUCUCUCUGCGAUCAGACUAUAAGCAUGGUUGUGCGUGUGAAAGAAAACUUCCAUUAAAAUGACUUUUUAUUUA